CGUAACACAUCAAUAUCAUCAUAAGGAUGUCCUCUUUCUUGCAUGCACCUAACCCACUUUAUUCUCUCUCUCGCUGUCUCACACGCGGUUGCUAUAAAUAGGAGCACCCUUUCCUUAAUUCUACGCAUCAAAUACUUUGUUUCAACGAAACGCUAAACAAAAGCUCCAAGUUUCCAGUCUUAAUUUAGCUAUGGCUAUCUCCAAGGCUUUAAUUGCUUCCAUCCUCCUUUCUCUUCUCGUUAUCUCUCUCGCUGAAGCUGAUCAUAUGAAUGCUUAUGGUGGAUGGAUGCAGGCCGUGAAAGACGAUGUCGUAAAGGGUUCUGUCCCGACAAAAAUAGAUUGUGGAGGGGCAUGUACUGCGAGGUGUCAGCUGUCGUCGAGGCCGAACCUCUGCAAAAGGGCGUGCGGGACAUGCUGUGCCCGUUGCAAUUGUGUUCCUCCGGGCACUUCCGGUAAUCAAGAGGUCUGCCCCUGCUACGCCAGCAUGACCACCCACGGCAACAAGCGCAAGUGCCCUUAAAGAAAAAAAGCCAAAGCCAACCCCCAAACCUUGGAUUAAUUAAUAAAUAAGAUAGCUGGUACUGUUUCCGAGGUUUUUUACGUUACAAUCCAAGAAGAACAUAAUACUGAGGGUCAUGGAAAAGUAAAUUUGUGUAAUGAUUAGAAUUUUCCUAUAUUAAUAUCAGUUGUAUAAAAGCUGCUACAAGAACAGUUGUGGAUUCUUGAGUUGUGUGGAAAAGAAAUGUUGUUCUUUUUGUAAUGUUUUUCCGCUUAUGUCUCUAUUAAAUAUUGAAGCUAAAGAUGUUUCUCCC